GGUGCGGCGAGCGCCGCGUAAUCAGUAUCGAGUCGGUCUCCUUCGAUAGAGGGUGAUUAUUUAACGUCGAUCGUCUCUUUGCGUUGUCGCGCGGCGACCUGUUUUCCAUGAGCGUCCGAUCCGAGGAUCCAACCGCGAGAGCUAUGUCCGAGGCGCACUUCGACGAGUACGAGCACUUCAACUACGAUUACGACAAGCACAUCUUCACCGCGCACGGCGGUAAGCAGAGAAGCAAACGCGAGGCCGUCACCCAUACCAAUCACUUUGACCCGAGCGGCCAUUCCAGAAAGAUACUCACCAAACUGAUGAAUACCGAGCACAACAAACGUCAGACCGGCAAGAGCAAGGAAUAAAUAUUCGCGAAGAUAACACGUUCCUUCGCGGCAAACGUCAAGUUGGAUCUCAUCUCACAGGACUUACCUACCUAAGACGACUGGGAUAAGAAAGGGAUAUAUAAUAUGCAUUAUUAUACUGUCGAGAAAUUGCAUUUAGCAGUAGAUUCUUAUUCAAAAUGUAAGAUCGGAGCAUAGUAGCUCGUGCUUCGUUUAAUAUCAUCUUCAUUUAUAUGGAAGCACGGAUCCUCACGUUAUAUGUAUUUAUAAGAGUACAAAAUAACAUAUAUCGUACUUCGACUACUGCUUAUUUUGUGUGAAUCUGAAGUUGACAUUUUUUGUCUUUUUUUAUAUAUUAUAUAUUAUAUAUAUAGCAUAGUACGAUGAUAUUAUUGUAUCGAUUUUGCGUGUGCUAUUGUAUGACUUAAUUAAUAAGCUAUGAUUGAUUAAA